AUGCCCGGCAACUGUGUGCCACUGUCCCGCACGCUCGACAAGGAUGAGGUGGAGCUGAAAGGACGUCGCAGCAGCGAUAGCAAUGAGGCGCCUGCGGCAGCAGUGGAGGAUAUGGACCCAAAUUGGGUGGACGUGGACGAUGACUUCUCCGGCGUUGGCGGCCGGAAGCUCCUUUACGAGUGCCAAGAGCUUCCUGUGCAAAACGGCGUUGACCGAGAUACCGAGGGCCAGCCACCCUCAAGCUUCCAGACACCGGACGAGGUGAGGGAUGCGAAAAGCCGGAGGCGUCGAAACGUCUUCUCUCGUAUCUCCAAUGCCAUCAUCCCGCACGGUGGCCUGCUCUCUGGCGCCGUCAACCUGGCGUGUGUGACGCUUGGUGCCGGCAUUAUGUCGAUCCCGUCCGCCUUCAACACAUCGGGAAUAAUCAUGGCGGUGUUUUACCUGGUGAUCAUAACCAGUCUUACCGUCUUCUCCAUCACGUUGUUGUCUAAAGCCAUGGAGAAGACCGGCAUCUACAGCUUCGAGGGACUUGCCCGCGCUCUCUUCGGUCGUGGCGGCGACAUUGUGGCGGCCUUGCUCAUGUGGAUACUCUGCUUCGGUGCUUCGGUGGGCUUCGUCAUUGCCAUUGGCGACAUCCUCAAGCCGAUCUUCGCGCACCCUAGGGUGCCACCAUUCCUGCAGGAGAAGAACGGCCGUCGCUGCAUCAUGAGUGGCGUCUGGCUGCUAUUUAUGCUGCCGUUGGUGCUGCCCAAGAGGAUCAACUCCCUCCGCUACAUGUCCGCCGCCGGUCUCUUCUUCAUUGUGCUUUUUGUCAUCUGCGCCAUCUACCACUCCAUCGCGUACGGGUUGAAGGACGGCAUCCGCAAAGACCUCGUUUUUGUGCGUCCCGGCAAUGAAGCCGUCUCGGGGUUGUCCAUCUUCUGCUUCAGCUACUUGUGCCAGGUGAACGUUGGUCGUAUCAUCGUCGAGAACACCAAGAGAACAACUCGCAUGAUCACACUUCAGGCCAUCCUGAGCUGUAGCAUCUGUGCAACGCUCUACUUCCUCACUGGCUUCUUCGGCUACGCAGAUUUUGGGCCUUCUCUGAACGGCAACAUCCUGGGAAGGUACGACCCCUACCAAAGCCCCGUCUUCUUCGUUGUCUUUCCCGGCAUCAUCGUCAAGCUGUGCGCCUCCUUCUCGCUGGACAUGCUCGCCUGCCGCACGGCGCUGUUCCAGGUGAUGCGCUGGGACGUGGAAACGAUGCCGUACUGGAAGCACACCUUGGUGAGUGUGCCGAUAGCCAUCGGUGCCCUCAUCCUCGGCUUGUUCGUACCCGACAUCAACAUCGUCUUUGGACUGGCUGGUGCCUUCUCAGGCGGCUUCAUUGGCUUUGUGUUCCCCGCGUUGUUUAUCAUGUACGCUGGCAACUGGACACUCAAAAAGGUGGGUAUCUGGUACUACCUCGGGACUUACUUCCUGCUCAUCUGCGGUGUUAUUUCCAUUGUCUUUGGUACCAUUUCGACGAUCUACUACAGCUUCUUCGUUUAG